GAAAUGCCAGUUGUCGGCAUUUCUCUCCUAAUGAGCUGUCACGCUGACAACUCAGGGGACAUGUACACUGAUCAUCAGAGCACUGAUGAUCACUGUGCCCUGAUGAUCAGUGUAGCCCCAGCAGUGCCACCUGUCAGUGUCCAUCAAUGCCAGCUGUCAGUGCUCAUCAAUGCCACCUGCCAGUGCCCAUCAGUGCCACAUCAAUGCCACACAUCAGUGCCUACCAGUGCACAUCAAUGCCACAUAUCAGUGCGCAUCUGAGUUGGCUUUCAGUGUCACCUAUCAGUGCCAGUCAGUGCCACCUAUCAAUGCCAGUCAGUGCCACCUAUCAGUGCUGCCAAUCAGUGCCACCUAUCAGUGCCACCUAACAGUGCUGCCUAUCAGGGCCACCUAACAGUGCCAGUCAUUGCUGCCUAUCAGUGCCAGUCAGUGAUGCCUGUCAGUG